AGCACCUCGUCCUAUUGCUCCCUUGGUCCUUCAGCUGGAGGCAGUCAGUCCACCAUGAAGACCAUGCCGUGAUGCACUGCUCACAGCAUACCCAUCAUGUCUAUCCCUACUCCCUACAUCGGACAUCUGACUGAAGACGACUACGAGCAUGUCUAUGAGCCAGCCGAGGACUCUUUCAUUCUCCUUGACGCUUUAGAGCAAGACGCCGAGGAACUCAAGAGCCUAAGAGCGACCCUUUGUCUCGAGAUUGGGUCUGGUUCGGGUAUCGUUUCAACAUUCCUCGCUAGAAUUCUCGGCGACUCGGCCCUGUACAUAUGUACCGAUAUCAAUCCGCAUGCCAACAACGCAACGAGGCGGACAGCGGGACACAAUGAUGUCUCGCUUGAAAUUCUUCUCAGCAACCUGGUGGACCCCCUCGAACGACGAGCAGAGAGCAGGAUAGAUAUCCUACUCUUCAAUCCGCCUUACGUGCCGACAUCCGCAGAAGAGAUGGCGGGUUCACAAGUCGAGCGGGACGUAGCAGGCGCAUGGGCAGGGGGGUCCACGGGCAUGCAAGUGACCAACGUCGUCCUGGAUAUGAUACCAAGACUCCUCAGUCCUGUUGGUCGAUUCUAUCUUGUUGCCGUCGAGCAGAAUGACCCUGCAAGUAUCGUACGUCAAAUGAAAGCCGUAGGCUUAGAUGCAGAGGUGAGUCCUGCGCUCUUCCUAGCUCAUCUCGACUGACUGUCCCAAGGUCUGCCUGAGACGUCGAGCAGGCCGAGAACUGCUCUCAGUGAUUAGAGUCAAAAGAUGAUCCCCUCUCAUAUGGAGUAUCUGCAUUCAUGUUUGGGGCACUGAGCCGGCUUGGAUCUAGCCUCGU